AUGGCAGAGGACGAUAUUCACUAUGCUUCAGUGGUUAUCAAAAGUAACAAACAGCCCAAGUCAGAAGGAAAGACAGCAGGAAGAUUUGGCCUCUAUGGGCAGCUGGCCGGCUGUUUUGGGAUUCUCUCUGCCAUUUUGCUGCUUAUUAUCAUUGGAAUCUGUGUUUAUUUUGCAACAGUUCAGGAGAGAACUGCAAAUGAGUUGAACCAGCUGAAAUCAAACCAAAGGAUCCUGCAGAAGGAAAUUCACAACCUGACCAACCUCAACAACAAAUUAAGUUCAGAUUAUACAAAUCUGACUACCGCUUCUGCUGCUUUAAAAAACACAAUCACCACACUGGCUGCGGAAAACCACAACCUGACGUUGCUAAACGAAGAGCUGAAGAAAGACAGGAAAAACCUCUCAGAUAUAAUUGAACACAUGGAGAAAACUGGGAAUGAGCUCAAUGUCAGUCGAGCUCAGUGGAGCGUUGAAGCCUAUUGUCCUAGAGAAGCUGGUGAUAGAAAAUGCAAUUCUUGCCAGAAGGGCUGGAAACCCAAUUUUUCCAGCUGUUACGCAUAUAACGACCAUAAAUCAUCUAAUUGGAGAAACUGGGAAGGUGCACGGGAAGAUUGUAGAACAAAGAUAUCAGAUCUGCUAGUCGUCGCAAAUGAAAAAGAAAAGGAAUAUUUAGAAACAAUCAGUCCAGCCAUAAAAGGCAUCACAGGAUACUGGAUCGGCCUCAGAGCUGUAAAUGGAAAAUGGAGAUGGAUCGAUGGAAGUGAUCUAAUCGAUCGAACCUGGAUAAAGCAGCACCCUGCAGAAGAUGGUCAUUGUGUGACUACUCUCACUAACAAAGGAUGGAAAUCAGUGAGCUGUAAUGAAACCAGGGCGUGGAUCUGUGAAAAGAAGGCUUUAACACUUUAGCCUCGACCUAUUCACAUGUGGCAAAUGUUUUA